UGUAGAAGCCUUUAACCUAUGACCUUUCCCCAGUUUCACGGCGUGGAGUUGUUGGUGUGCUUUGCUACAGAUUGAGUGCAGCAUGGCUUCAUUUGCUAAAAGGCGAGCUGUUGGUAUGGGAAAAAACCCGAAUGAAGAUGAAGACGACAGCUCAGAUGAGAGAUUAGACGACGAUGAAGAGGUGACGAGUGAGGAGUCAGAUGAAGAAAUCAACGAGGAGGUUGUGGUUGAUUUUGAGGCACACACCAUAUCAGUUAAUGACUUCAACGGGAUGAAGAAGCUGCUGCAGCAGUUGUUUUUGAAGGCUCACGUUAAUACAUCCGAGCUCACUGACCUCAUGAUCCAGCAGAAUCAUAUCGGAAGCGUCAUUCGGCAAGCAGAGGUGCCUGAAGACAGUGAUGAAGAUGAUAGUGAUCCAAAUGAAGUUUUUGGCUUCAUCAGUAUGAUAAACCUGACAGAGAGAAAGGGUGUGGAGUGUGUGGAACAGAUUAAGGAGCUGAUUCUGGCCCAUUGUGAGAAGGCCUGUCCCCCCACUGUCACUGAGCAGCUGGAGAAGUACCUGAACGACACGGCCAAACCUGUGGGGCUGCUGCUGAGCGAGCGCUUCAUUAAUGUGCCCCCACAGAUUGCUCUGCCCCUCCAUACGCAGCUCCAAGAGGAGAUUUUAGAUGCACAGAGGACCAACAAGCCCAGUGGGAAAUGCCAUUACUUUCUGAUGAUCAGCAAGACCUGCAAGGAGGUUCAGAAGACCAUUCCCAACCGAGGAACCCCAAAGGAGGAAAUGCUGUUUGUGAAUGCAGAAGAGGAAUUUUUCCAUGAGCAAGCGACCAUGAAGUUCCAGUACUCCGUCCAGGAUGAGACAGACUCGUGCCUGAGUGGGAGAUGGUCCUUUGAUGACGUGCCAAUGAAGCCUUAUCGAACCGUCAUGUUAAUUCCCAUGGACAGAAUGGGAGUUAUUAUGGACAAACUCAAGCAGUACCUCACUAUUUGAAUUGUCAUAUGUUGUAUCACUACAUUUUCAUAAAAAUCUCUGGACCUUCUAAAGUGUGACCCACAAUUUCUCAGUGUUUUGAAUGGUUUUUCUCUUCUCCCUAAAAAGUAAUAUUGCAUCGGAGUGUGUUAUGUUGUUUGUUCUAAUCUGGUCAUCCAAUAACUAGUGGUCUUCAGUAGUUUCAUAUUGUCACUUUCCUGAAAUAUUUAAUAAUCACUUACACUUCCACAAACCCAGGACCUUUUAGUUAAACAUUUGUCCACACUUCCAUCAGUGCAAUAAUUUAUUGACCUGUAAUGUGUAAAUACUAGUCCCAGAAUAGCUGAAAAUAGCCUCUCCCGAACACUUUCUAUACACUUAGAAGUCCAAAAUGUAUGUACAUUUAUGUUCCAAAAACCGUUCAGAAUUUGCAUAUUAAAAUGCUAUAUAUAUUC